CAGGUGCAACACUAUUUGACGCAUCGUGGGACGCUCUAAUUCGCGCUGUUAGUUAUUAUUUCGUAUUUGUUUCCUAGUAUUAUUAGCAGUUUCAGGCAAUGUCGGGCAUAGCAAGUGCACGUUUAGCCGAGGAGAGAAAAGCUUGGCGCAAGGACCAUCCCUUUGGUUUCGUCGCCAGACCUAUGAAAAAUCCUGAUGGAUCACUGAAUCUCAUGACUUGGGAAUGCGCAAUUCCUGGCAAAAAGGGGACUCCAUGGGAAGGUGGCUUAUACAAGUUGCGAAUGAUUUUCAAAGAUGACUACCCUUCAAGUCCACCCAAGUGUAAAUUUGAACCACCCCUCUUCCACCCCAAUGUGUAUCCUUCUGGCACAGUGUGCUUAUCAUUACUUGAUGAGGAAAAAGACUGGCGUCCAGCAAUUACAAUCAAACAAAUUCUUCUUGGAAUACAAGAUCUCCUGAAUGAACCAAAUGUGAAGGAUCCUGCACAAGCCGAAGCAUAUACAAUCUAUUGUCAAAACCGGUUAGAGUAUGACAAGAGAGUGAGAGCGCAGGCGCGUGCUAUGGCUGCAACUGAAUAAAAAGAUAAGCUUCCUGCAACAUUCCAUACCAUGGCGGGAAUGAAAAGUCCAGCUUUGAUAGCAGGAGAUUGUUGUGUACCUCUUUUCAAUAGAUUCCCCACACUUCUAUGUAUUUUUAUUGUUGCUUAGGAAAUGAUACCAACCAACCAGUAUUUUUUACUAACAGUAAUAAAGAAUACAAUUUUAGGCAAAUAAAUUUGAAUUAAUUGGUACCUCUAGUAAUUAUGUAUGCUAUGAUUGUAACAGUGAUAAUGAAGGCAAUGUUGUAAAAGUUGGAUAGAAGCAGGCGUACUUUGGCGGAAUUCCAUGAUAUAAAACUAACACAAAGCUUAAUUUGCUUUACUCUGCGAAAAGCUUUUCCUUUUUGUGGAGUAUCCAUAGCAAAUUGAUUGUACAGUGCUGUCCCUCCAACUGUUCAAUUCUGUUGCAAUCCAUGCAUUGUUUGUAAUUAUAUUCGUACUAAAAGUAAAUAACUGUGAAUGUUGCAUUUUUGCAUCAAUAAAGCAGAAAUAAGUUUUAAAUUAAUGUAAUGGCCAAUUUUGGUUAUCUUUUGGUACCAUUGAAUUGAUGAUAAAUAUUAUUUGCAAUUGUUUGGAAAAGCAGCAAUAUAUAAAUAUCAUAUCCUAAUGCUUCAAAGUUGGUUCUAAAAAGAGAUUAGGUUUAAGUAGUGUUAAAGUAUUUACUAUCUAAAAAUAUUGUUGGCAGUAAAUAAUUUAACAAAAUUUAAUAAAUUAAAAAUCAAACUUAGUAUAUUAUUGAGAAGCAUCUGUAUAUCAUUCACUGUUAUUAAAAUAAGCAGUAUGGAUUAUA